GAAACCCAAAUAAAUAAAUAAAAAGAAAAAAAAAUUUAGUUGAACUUUACAGCCCCAGUCUUAGUGCGACAGUUAUGCUCUCAAAUCUCGCCUAAACGUCUUCCCUUUCUCUUUUUCCGUCUCUUUCACUCUCUCGCCGGCGUGUCGUAACGGUUAUAUUUCCGAUCAAAUUUCUUGUAAAAACACGAUAAAGCCACUCUUUCACUCUUGGACACUCUAAAAAGAACUGAGAAUUUUAGCUCUUUAUUCUCUCUCUCUCUCUCUGAGUCUUCUUUGGAAACUCGCUCAGAGCUUUUACUACUUGGCUCUCCAACCCCAAGCUUUUGGAGGUUUUUAGGGCUAAGAAAUGAGAUUGGAAUUGAUUUGUGGAUAUUAACAAUGGUAGCUGCUGUGUCGACGACGACGGCGGCGUUGAAUUCCAAAACAACGCCGCGAGGUGGGCCACGGUCACAGCAACAGCAACAGCCACGCCAAAACCCUACACGGCGGCCGCUCUUGCCUUCUGAGUCCGACAAUGCCAUCGCUCCUCCUCGCCGUCCAAAAUCUCGGGAAGUUACUUCUCGUUACAUGUCCUCCUCUUCCUCUUCUUCUACUACUACAACAACAACUACUGCUACGAGUUUGAAUAAUUCUCGGAGAUGUCCGUCGCCGUUGGUUUCGAGGACGGCGGCGGCUUCGACGGCUACGAUUACGCCGAUGCCGUCGGUCACAAAGCGGUCUCAGUCGGUGGAGCGGAGGCGUGCGGUCACUCCUCGCCCAAAUUCUCUCGAUUUGAGAAUCGGAACCGGCAAUGGCGAAGUCUCCGCGGCUCAGAAGCUCUUGUUCACUUCGACAAGAAGCUUAUCGGUUUCGUUUCAGGGAGAGUCGUUCUCGCUCCAGGUCAGCAAGGCUAAGCCGGCGCCGUCGCCGUCGCCGAAUGUAAGAAAAGGUACGCCGGAGAGGAGGAAGGUUACCACCACGACGGCGACGACUCCGGCGAGAGGUUCGGAUCAGACGGAGAAUUCGAAGCCGGCGAUGGAUCAGCAGCGCUGGCCUGCGAGGUUACGGCAAGCGAAUUAUAUGACUCGGAGCUUGGAUUGCUCUGAUGAGAAGAGAAAUCUCAGUGGGUCAAGUGGUGUGGUUAGAGCAUUGCAAAAUUCAAUGCUAGACAGUAGGGCUUCGUUUGAUGGAAGAUUGAGCUCAAUUGAACUCGCUGCUGUCGAAGGCAAUUCAACUAUUGGAUCGGAGACACAGUCUGAUCCUAUUGCUUCCGAUACUGAAAGUGUAUCUUCUGGUAGUAUUUCUGGAGCACAAGACUGUAAUAGUAGUGGUUUACAAGGACAGCGUGGAAAUCGCGGUAUAAUAGUUCCGGCAAGGUUUUGGUCAGAGACUAAUAACCGUUUGAAGCGCCAACCGGAGCCGUGCUCGCCGUUGGCGAAGAAUGUAGGAGCCAAGGCUGUUACUCCUAAGCUAAUUGCGCCGAAGAAGUUAUCAAUUGAUAAUCCAGUAUCGUCUCCUCAUGGAGUUGUGAAUAGCAGGGGAAACUUGUCUCCAAUCCGUGGAGCAUUGCGCCCUGCUUCACCAAGUAAGCUUGGGAUGUCGUCCCCUUUGAGGGGAAUGAGCCCGUCUCGAAUGAGGAAUGCGGUGGUGGCAGCUACACCGAGUAGUAAUUUGAGUAAUACGCCGUCUAUUUUAAGUUUUGCUGCUGAUGUUCGGAGAGGGAAGAUUGGGGACAACCGUAUAGUUGAUGCACAUUUGUUGAGGCUCUUGCAUAAUCGGUUUUUGCAAUGGCGUUUUGUGAAUGCUCGGGCUGAUGCUGCCCUAUAUGCGCAGAAGUUGAAUGCGGAGAGAAGCCUUUAUAAUGCAUGGGUAUCUAGCUCAAAACUACGUGAGUCUGUUAGAGCCAAAAGAACAGAGUUACAACUGUUGAAGCAAAAUUUGAAGCUAACUUCCAUCCUGAAGGGGCAAAUGACUUAUUUGGAAGAGUGGCCUCUUACUGACCGGGAUUACUCCAGCUCUUUGUCAGGGGCUACUGAAGCUUUGAGGGCUAGCACUCUUCGCCUUCCUGUUGUUGGUGGGGCAAAGGCUGAUAUCCAAAAUGUGAAGGAUGCCAUUUGUUCAGCUGUUGAUGUUAUGCAGGCUAUGGCAUCCUCAAUAUGUUUAUUAUCAUCAAAGGUUGGGAAUGUGAACUCUUUGGUAGCUGAACUCUCAAAGUUAAGUGUGAAAGAGCGUGCUUUGCUUGAUCACUGCAAAGAUCUCCUGUCAACAAAUGCAGCCAUGCAGGUGACAGAGUGUAGCUUGAGAACACAUAUUGUACAACUAAAGCGUGUACCUCCGAGCUGAUAAUGAAAGUGUAAAGCUCAUAUCAUUUGACUGCCUACGUUAAUAGCUAACAAUAUUCGAUGACCCCCGAGGUAAUAAGAGAUUUAUGUUUGGUUGUGGCUUCAGAAGAGUGCUAAUUUGGCCUUCGUUGAAAUACAUAAAAAGUAGUUGUAUGAUGUAUUUUCUAUUAGUAGAUGGCAGGAAAUUGAUGUUCAUAAUAUCAAAAUUAGAUUGAUUGUAUACAGGUGUUUUUCUUAUAGGCCUGGGGAAUCUAUAUGUAAAUAUGUGUAAUGAUGGUUCCAUGUUUCCUUUUAUUCAAUAGUUGAUUAAGUUGCCUCUUCCUA